ACUUCUGAUACUCUCUCUCUCUCUCUCUCUCUCUCUCUCUCUCUCUCUGUGAAUGGAUCGCUUGCUUCGUAGCUCCAAACUGUUACCUCAUUCUAUUAUCAGUUUAAGCUGUCACCAAUGCUUUGGUGGUUUCCACAGUAUAGGAUAUGGAUUAAAUAGAAGGGGUUGCUUAAGGUUGAAAUGUUAUGCAAUUGGAGAAGAGGUAGGUGGGCCGGAAUAUUUUCAGGAAAAUUCUUUGAAGGGGAAAGAUAAUGGAUCUCAUUUUGGAGGGUUUAGUGGAUCAGGCACUUCGUUGAGUACCGUGAAUGCUGAAAUUACGCAAGAAACCAUAGAUUUCUUUGUUAGUGAUGCAGAGGGUGAUCCUGACUGCCCUUCAGAAGGUUUCUCGUCGAUUGAUGAGGCCAUCAGUGCUUUACAUGACGGAAAUUUUGUGAUUGCUGUAGAUGAUGAAAAUGGUGAUAAUGAAGGGGAUCUUAUUAUGGGAGCGACUUUAGUAAACCCUCGGGCUAUCGCAUUCAUUAUGAGACAUGGCUCUGGGAUUGUCUCAGUGGGUAUGAUGGAAGAAGACCUUCAGAGGUUGAUGAUUCCUAUGAUGUCCCCAAUUGCAGAAAUCGAGGACCUCUCAGCUGCAGCUUCUACAGUAACAGUGGAUGCCAGAGUGGGCACUUCAACUGGUGUAUCAGCUGCAGAUAGGGCAAAGACAAUCCUUACUCUAUCUUCUCCAGAUUCUAAGCCCGGAGAUCUCAGGAGACCAGGCCAUGUUUUUCCUCUGAAGUAUAGAAAUGGAGGUGUGCUAAAGAGAGCUGGUCAUACGGAGGCAUCAGUGGAUUUGGUUACACUGGCUGGGCUGCGACCUGUUUCAGUUCUUUCGACCAUUGUUGACCCUUUGGACGGCUCAAUGGCAAAUUGGACUGCAUUAAAAGAAUUGGCUGCGGAAUAUAGUUUACCAAUUAUCUCAAUUGCUGAUCUGAUACGGUAUAGAAGAAAGAGGGAGAAACUGGUGGAAAAAAUUGCUGUCUCACGUUUGCCCACUAAAUGGGGCCUUUUCCAAGCUUAUUGUUAUCGAUCCAGGUUAGAUGGAACAGAACAUAUUGCUGUUGUAAAGGGUGAUAUCGGCAAUGGACAAGAUGUUCUCGUAAGAGUUCAUUCUGAAUGUUUAACUGGAGAUAUCCUCGGGUCGGCUCGGUGCGACUGUGGCAAUCAACUGGAUCUUGCGUUGCAACUGAUUGAGAAAGCGGGAAGAGGGGUUUUAGUCUAUCUUCGCGGCCACGAAGGAAGAGGCAUUGGCUUGGGGCAGAAGCUCCGCGCGUAUAAUUUACAAGAUCAAGGGCACGACACUGUUGAAGCUAAUAUCGAACUCGGAUUGGCUGUCGAUGGUCGCGAGUAUGGAAUUGGUGCUCAGAUCCUUCGAGACAUCGGUGUGCGAACAAUGCGCUUAAUGACGAAUAAUCCAGCAAAGUUUAUCGGGCUCAAAGGCUACGGCCUUGCUGUGGUAGGAAGAGUCCCUGUUAUAUCCCCUGUGACAGAAGAGAACCAGAGAUACCUCGAAACCAAGAGGACGAAGAUGGGCCAUGUGUACGGUUCGGAUCUCCCGGAUAUCUCGCCCGGAUUCAUAAAGCCAGAUUUAAAUGAGGAACAGUAGUAUUUUUUUUUCCCCCUGCUUUGGAGCUCCAUUAAUAGAUCUUUUUUUUUUUUUUAUUUAACACUUGAAAGAGUAAGAGAAAGUUCAGAUGAUUUUGAAAGAAGUUUGGCUGCACAGUUCAUGAGACAUGAAACAUGUUAAACUGCUGUAUUCUUUUCUUGUUAUACAUACAUUUAGAUGAAAAUAAGAUAUAUACCCUUUUUUUAAAUUUCA